UGCUGGCUGCAGUUUGACUGGAGGGUGCCUCUGCCUGUUGUGGCAUUCACAUCCUAACGCUCAUGUGCUAACAUCCAGUAUUGCUUGGCUUCCCCUGUUCUUUGGCCUGCCUCCAGGGACUUCUGUAUGGACUCCUAUUAGACAGAAUAGACAGAAAGCAAAGAAUGCAUGUAUGCUAAAAAGGCAUAGGAUUGUAAAUAGGAGGGAAUAAGAACAGAGGGGAACAGCGCAAGCAGGUAAAGAGGAAAGCAGUCGAGAACAAAUUUAGAUUUAGUGAAGAAAGUUCAUCUGCUGAAUCUACAAUUCAAUUCCACCAACAUGGCAGCAAUGGAAGCACUGGAAUCCUCAAGUGCUCAGCUUGAGCCUCAGACCCUCACUGAAGUCUCAGAUGAUGAGAUCAACCUCCCACCCUCAGAUGAUGAAGAAGGUGCCCUUGCCGCAGCUAAGAAAGAGUUGUCCACCAUGGGCACAGAGGGAGACAACACCGAAGACAAGGAUGACGCAACGAAGCUGGACCCACAGGUGAAUGGGGUCAUGGUGCUGUCUUUGUUAGACAAGAUCAUUGGUGCGGUCGACCAGAUCCAGCAAACCCAGAGUGGUCUGGAGGCCAGGCAGCAGGAGAUGGAGCGUUCAGUGACCAGCAUCCAAAGCGAGCUGACCAAACUGGCAAAGAGUCACAGCACCACAUCCAACAGUGUCAAUAAGAUGAUGGAGAAGGUGGGCAAGGUGAGCGUCAACGUCAAGACAGUGCGGGCCACCCUGGAGAAGCAGGGAGGUCAAAUCAAGAAGCUGGAGAACAACGAGGCGGAGCUGCUCAAGAGACGCAACUUCAAAGUCAUGAUCUACCAGGAUGAAGUGAAGGUUCCCUCAAAACUCAGCAUCUCUAAAUCCAUGAAGGUUUCGGAAUCUGUGUCAGGCAGCAGAGGGGGCAGUCUGCUUGAGCUUAAAGAAGGCAUGGAAGAACCUGGAGAAGAAGGACAGGAAGGGGAAAAGGCAGACAAACCCCAUAUAGACCUCUCGUCAGAUGAGGAGGGUGUGGAGAUUGAGGAAUCCACUGAGGAGACUCGUGCUGAACGCAUCAAGCGUAGCAGUCUGCAGCGUGUACAAACCCUGAAGACUGUUUUCUCAAAGGAGAAAAUGGAUAAGACCAGAGCAAAGACCAAAGAGAACCUAGAGAAGACAAAACAAAAAACCAAGGAAAACCUUGAGAAGACAAAGCAGAAGACAAAGGAGAAUCUGGAAAAGACCAGGCAAAAAACCAAAGAGAAUUUAGAAAAGACCAAGCAGAAGACCAAGGAGAACCUGGAGAAGACACGUCACAACAUUGAGAAGAAGAUGGGAAAACUAGGAACACGAAUGAGCGUCAACCCUGAGCGCAAACAAAAGAUGAAGACAUCCAGUGAAAAGAUGAAGAAAUCCUUUACACCAGACCAUGUUGUCUAUGCACGGUCCAAGACCGCCGUGUACAAGGUGCCUCCCUUCACCUUCCAUGUCAAAAAAAUCCGUGAGGGUGCUGUUGAGGUGAUCCAAGGCACUGAGAUGGUGGAGGUGUCUCAGGAUCCUGAGCCAUUCAGUGGGGUGGAUGGAGAAGUUGAAGAAGGCGCAGAGGAAGUUGAGAUGGAGAUGAUGAAUGGAGGUGGUGAUGAGGAAGAGCCUGAUGAGGAUGAAGAAGAGGAGAGCCACGACGCGAUGCAGGAGAUUGAGGACAGAGAUAGAGACAGCGACUAAAUACAGAAAAGAAUCACUCAACAAGAUCCUAACAAAUAUAGAUAUUUUGCACCAACCCUGAUGUUCUUUUGUAAAAACUCAAGAAAAUUUGUGAUUUAGGAGACUGCUAAAGAGUAACUGAGACUGAGACCGGUGAAACUUGGGUCUUAUUUUUAUAUAUUUUUGCCAUUGUUUCUGUCAGAUAAGAUAACUUUGCCUGCCAAUGGGCAGGAAAUUAAACAGAAUGUGCAGACCUUGAGCUCCCCUUUAGCUGUCAUUUUAAGGCCUUCAUUGCUACAUAAGACCAUAUAAUGUAAAAGCUGUUGGUACCUGAGUAGACAGAUUUCUUUCUUUCUUUCUGUGUUUGUAUAGACCAAAACAGAGCCAAAAGAGAGUUAAUACUCAACCAUGUACAACUCCAUAUGACUGACAAAUGUUUUAGCUCGUGACAGCGUUGCUUUUAUCGAGAGCAGGAAUGGUGGCUAAAACAACAAAAAUAAGACCCAAGCUGGACAAAAUGUAACUGUCGGGAUGUUACUUGUAGUUUAGUACUGUAGUUUCACUACAAGUUUUAUGCUAAAAGAUUUUAAUUUGAAUCAAUUUCUUCUAUUCACAAAAGCACUUCAAGGGUUUGUGUUGAUUUUGCGAUGCAAAUGAUCAUGAACUGAGAGAAGAAGAUGAAAAUUGGGGAAAAAAAGCAGCAACCUCACUGCAGUUGUGGUGGGGAAAGCAUGGUGGACAAUAAUGAAACUGACAUGAUCAGAGAAUCAUUUGGGGAGACAUCAUCAUCCCAUUUAAGAAAGUGUAAUCCACAUUUCUUUUUCUUCUUUUUUUCUGUAUACCAAGACACUAGUCAAUCACAACAAGUGAAAUGGGAAUAUGUAAACGACUUCUCCUUUUGUGCCCUAUGAAUUUCAGUGGAAAAUGUUGAAAAUUGUUUUGGGUGGUAGAUUUCCAAUGGCCAAAUUAUCCAUGAACAAUGAAUACAUCAUGGUGAGUACAUCAUACUUAGUGAGAACUUCUUAAUGUUUUAGAAAUAUCACAUAUCACUGAAAACAAUUCUAUCCAGCUUCUCUGUUGUUCUACUGUUUAAAUACUGAUGUGUCAUCUUACUUUGCUUAAUUUACACUAUUUAGAAGCACAGUGAUGUCUGUCAUUAUUUCUUUGAUGAGCACAAUUAUUAUUGGUGUGUGAUUCUGUAUGUGAUCACACUUUACAAUAGAGUGAUGUAAUCUCAUUUUAGGAAUGUAGCCUAAUCAUGGUCUCUUUAGUACAUUGCUUGUUUUGUGCAGUCUUUUUAUGUGACAUUUAACUUCCAUUUUUCCUAAAGAAUAAUCAUUACACAUGAAAAUGAAGGUCUGCAAGACACAAUGUAUAGACAGCAAGGCUAUAUUUUCACACUGGUAGUAUUAUUUUCUCAUGAGGAUUACCCUCGUAAAAACCUCCUCUGACUUAUUCAGAGAUGACGUUCAUAAAUAAACUGAGAUUAGUUGUUCUACAAAAAUCCAGCCGAACAAGUUUGGACUCUUAUCAGCAGUGUGUACUCUGGGGACAUGGCUACCCAAAGGACAAGUUUGAAAAUUAGUGCUUGUGUUGUUACUGCUGUGCUCUGACACUGACCCCUGGUGUCCAGUCAUUUCAAUGUCAUUUUCUCUGACCAUUUCAUCCUUUUUAUUAUUUUGUUCACAUUUACUUGUAUGUAUGGAACAAGAUGCAGAAAUGUAUUAUAUAUAUUUGCCACUUCUGGAGAUAUUUUAGGAUUGCCAAGAUGAAUUCAAGAAUUCAUGUUUUUCACUCUUGAAUGUACUGCUCUGACUGCAUUUUUCUUUGUAGCAUACGCAAGCUGUAUUUUCACCCACCGAUUAAUUUUCUAAACUAAUCCUGGUCAGGGGGGAGCAACCUGUUUCAACAUACUUUGGACAAUGUAGCAGUAGAAGAGCUAAUGCUGAGACAAUACCAUGAUAUGUGAACCCAAGUCAGAGAAAAGAGAGCUAAACACAUAACUGGUGCCAAAGGUUACCGCAAUAUUUGUACUGUCAAAGUUUGGUUUCCCCUCGCACUCACCAUUUCAUCUGUGUUCAUUUUUGUAUGUAAUGUGAAUCACUGCUACUGCAGGUCAUAAUGCAUUUUCAUUUAAUUUACCAGUUGCUAUCUAUUGUUUGCAUUUCUUCUACAUUCAGCUUCCAGACCAAGCUUUAGUCAUGUUUGCAUAGCUUUCACAGUGCAGCGAGAGACAUUUAAAUGUGCAAGAAUGAAAGGUGUGAAGAUGUGGCAGUGAACUACAGUGGGUUUCUGAUCACUCAUUCAAAGUGGAUUAACAACACCAUGGCUGAGAGGCAGCCAAAAUCAGGCAUCAAAAUGCCAAAAUGUAUUUCAUUCUGUUUCAUGCUUUUGUUUUGUCUGUAACCGAUUCUUGUAUAAUGACGCAUUGCUUAACCACUAAUGAUUUAAGUAAUAAAAGCUUCUUGCUUCACA